AGACAAGAGGGGCAGGAUACCAUACCACCUUCGACGACAGCCUCGCAGCAUAUACACACCCAGGACAAGCAGCUGGUCAGCACUACCAUCAUCGUCAUCAUUAUCGUCGUGUCAUUACCAGCACUCCUCACAUAGACGAUCCCCCCUCCCCGGCCUCCCUCCCCACCUCGCCGCCAUGUCGGCUCGUCCAGUGAGCGGCAUGGGCGUCAUGUCUCCCCCGCCCUCGGCAGCCAUGGGACAGAGAGGUGGCAUGGUAGGCGGUGGCCCCAGCAUGAGCAGCAGCAGUAGCACUCAGCAUCAGUACCAACAUCAUCAGGGUCAUAUGCGCGCAGCCAUGCCUCACUCUGCUCCAUCACCCCGUCCACCUCCCCCUCCUGCCUCGAAUGCACCGCCGGGAAGCCUCUUGCCUGGUACCCUCGUCCGCGUGGGACCCUACACGGUCACAGUCAAGCGGUACCUCAGUCAAGGAGGCUUCGCCACCGUCUACCUCUGUGUGACAGACAAGCCAGUGGCCAUACCCGUAGUGGACAUCACCGGCAAGCCUGCAGGCUCCAUCUCAGAGACCACUCACGUGCUCAAAAGGAUCGUGGUGCCCGACAAGGAGGCAUUGGCAGAGGUCAGGAAAGAGGUAGAAGUACACAAGCUGCUCCGUCACGAUGCCUCCGUGGUGCACUUCCUCGAAGCAUCGGCCCUUUCCCUGCCACCACCACAGCAGGGCUACGAGGUGUACAUCCUCAUGGAGUACUGCGCCGGCGGGGGACUCCUCGAUCUCCUCAAUUCUCGGCUGCGCAAUCGCCUCGCCGAGGCCGAAGUCCUGACAAUCUUCGCAGACAUCUGCAAGGGAGUCGCAGCGAUGCAUCACCUCGACCCACCCGUACUGCAUCGAGACCUCAAAAUCGAGAACAUCCUCCUGGCCAAUUCGAACGAUCCCAAAAAGAAGACCAUUUACAAGCUAUGCGACUUUGGAUCUGCCAAGCCAAUCUUGUCACGCAGAGCUCCUCGCUCCACCGAGGAGCUCAAGCGACUGGAGAUGGAGCUCAACAAGACCACCACGCUCCCUUACCGGCCCCCGGAGAUGGUCGACGUGUACCAGCGCAAGGUCAUUGACGAAAAGGCAGACAUAUGGGCAUUGGGCGUGCUCUUGUACAAGCUGUGCUACUACACCACCCCCUUCGAGGAGAAUGGAGGAGGGCCAUUGGCAAUCCUCAAUGUCAAGUAUCGCUUCCCAUCGAAUCCGCCUUACAGUGAUCGUGUCAAAGGUCUGAUUGCCUCCAUCCUUGUUGACCCAUCGACUCGCAGGCCGACCAUCGAUGAUCUCCUCAUCACCGUCCAUAAGCUUCUCGGUAUACCACCGCCAGCAAGCGCUACCCAUUACGCGCAACUAGCAAAGGAAGGCAAGCAAGCCAGCGCUUUGCCCCAACUUACGAGCUCAGGAGGGCCCGGCGCGAUGUCCGGUAUAGCCUCGCCGAGCACAGCAUCUCAUCGUCGGGCAGUAGACGAUGCGGUGUUGGUGACAAUUGCUAAAGAGAACAGUCGCGAACGGGCAGGCGCAGGGCAAGGGCGUCCGGUCUCGAUUCGAGGGGAUCUUCGUCCAUCGGGUUCCAUCUCAAGCUCGUCACGGCAGAGCCCGUCGCCAGUGCUCCCUGCAAGGUCCAGGGACGAUAGCACUGAUCUCAUUAGCUUUCAGCCUUCGCAGCGAGGUGACAAGACCCCUAGCGCUGCCGAAUCAGAGAGAUUGAUGAAGCUCGAGGGAGUCACCCCCAUGAGGAGAGGCAGGCCCGCUGGUUCGAACAACACGCCCACCAAGCCUGGAGUUCCAGGUGACGGCAUAGGCAAGCUCAAUUUGGACAGCUUCGGUCUCAAGAGCGAUACGCCGGGCCCUUCGCAAAGACCUCCCUCAGCAAACCAGCAGAAGGCCGUACCGAUAUCAAUAGACACCAGCGCCAGCAACGCUACCUCACCUCCGUCGUCAUCCGCCAGGGUAGGCAACCUCCUCGACGGCUUCGGCGAUUCCUUUGCACCUGAGGUGCAGCCACCAGCCGCCGGCACUACGGCUCAGGGAGCUCUGACUACUCCAUUGUCGACUUCAGAGGCGGAGCGAAAGGUGGCAGAAUUCGUCAGGAGAGGUGAAGAAGCCUCGGAUAGUCCUAUGGUUCUGAGUCCUGCUCUACCCGGCCUCAAUGGCGUAUCUUCGCCGAUAGCACCUCUUUCGCCUCUGCCCCCUCUAGACUCAGCAAAGGACGACGAAAGGCGGCUUCCGUCACUCAUGCAAGAUCUGGAUCCGCAAGAAAGGAAGGUCUCUCUCGCUCAAUCGGAAGGCACGGCAGCAGCUGGUCGUUUCCCUUCACUAGAAGAGCUCGAUCGUCGUUACCCAUCUCCACCAAAGAUUGUAGCUCCAAAGCCUGACGCUUCCACAUCCACCUCGGCCAGCAAGAGGGAAAGCAUGGCUGCCUUGGCCGGCAAGUUUGGAGGUCUCAGCGCCAGUGUAGAGCGGGGCGGAGAGAGACCCACACCUGCUCUACCUCCGCGCAAGCCGUGGCAGUCGAGGUUCGACGAUGCAGAAGAGGACAAAGUGGCAGGAAGGGGACAUCGUUUCGAGGCCAAGGAGGAUGCAUCACCCUCAUACCGCUCCCCCGCCCGCUUCAGUGGGACAAGUCCUGGUCCUGCCGCUGUGGAGAAAGAGCAAGUCGUCCAGACUGCAAAUGGCGCACAGGCAGCCACCGAGAAGAAGCAGCAAGAUGAUAGCAGCGACGAAGAAGACGAGGGCCCUGAGUCAAUUGAGGGAGGUGUCGCUGCUGCGCGGAAGAGGUGGGGCGGUGGUCAAUGGGCGCAGGAUGUCCAGCAAGCGACAUCGAGCACCAACGAUGUCGAGACGGCAGCAGUGAGCGACAGGCCUGGCAAAGUGAAGCAGCCAGAUUGGGUGAGGCGGUCAGAGGAGCAACCGCAACGCAAGCCCUCGGCGAGCUCGACAAGCAAAGACGAGAAGCCACGACCUCUCCUGCCCAGCUCGUCCAAGCCUCUCAUCGACUUCGAUGCUGGCAAGAGCCGAGAUGAGGAUGUCUCUGCGGUGAACUCGCCUGCAAUCAAAGAAGAGAUGCCGGUUUCUGUCAAGAGCGCCACCACGACGACUGCUCAGUCUCGAGCUCCAGCAUGGGAAUGGGAUGCGGAUGAGGCAGACGCGGAGGAGAUGAGGGCCUUGGCACGGCCCCGUCUCGAUGCUCGGCUGGACAGUGAGGCUGGUGGGGGCUUGCUAGGUCGACUAGUGGAUGUCAACGAGGAGACCAGGAGCUACGGUGGAGGCCCGACAUCUGCCGGAGCUCCCAACAAGGCAAGCAGCAAUCCACUCGAAGAUAGGAGCGCUUCGAUGGACGUCCCUACAGUCCCGCUCAAGAAGAUCCCCGAGCCAUCGAAACAGACGUCGACUGACAGUACCCGCUCAGCCACUUCCGGUCUCCCUUCUCGGCAGCGCUUGGCGAUGGGCAAGGUCUACUCUGACGCAGCUACUUCGCCAGCCAUCAUCUCGCCUUCGCCAACCCCUGAUUCUGGUGCUAGCGCAGAGCCCAUCCACUCACCUCCUUCCUUGAACCGCCCUUCGAGCCCAUCCAAGGGCGAGAGUCAACCCUCGUCUGUGCUAUAUGAGGAGCCAAAGAAGUACGCUCCGGGUACAGCGCAGAGCAUGGCUAGUCGAUGGGAGAGCAUGAAGGCUGUUGGGCCUGCUGGGGCUCCCAAGGAUGAGCACAGGCGCUCCACGAGCGGACAGGGAGCCGAGCGCACUGCGAUUCAACCUCGGCGUGAAACGACCGAUUCACCUGUUUCAACUUUCUCGCACAGAGCGUCCCUGUCGUCUGCCUCAUCGACGAAUGGCGCGCCGCAGAUCAUCCGGCCCAUGCCUAGCAAACCACCCUCCUCUGCCAAGCCACGCCUGCCACCUCCGGGACCAGCGUCUUCCCUCAAGCCGUGGGAGAGGGAGGCAGCAGAGCGCGCUGAGGCGGACAAGUCGAGUCAUGUGAGGUCAUCCUCCUACACUCGCGGAACGGCAGCACAAGAAGAGGAGGCCGAGGAAGCAGAGAGAGAGGAGCGCACCAGGUCCUCGUCGACGCUCAGGCGAAACGGCACCAGCAGCGCCAACGCCAGCGGACUCGACCUCCCAAGCAUUGCUUCAACGGCCGGUUCCUCCCCAAGUUCAACGCCAGGACCAGGAGGAGAUACACAACGCUACCGCAGCGUCGCUUCUUUGAUCGACAAGUGGCAAGCGAAUGCAAAAAGCACAAGACCAGAGACUGGAUGGGGUGAAAUUGGCGCAGGGAGCGGCGGUGGUGGUAGUGAGAAGAGAGCGGGCGGGCCGAACGAGGUAGCUGCUGCUGCUGCUGCUCGAGCUAGGAUGCCUGGGAGGGAGGUCUGAGUCCUAGCUUUUGCGAAUAAGGCUGCUUGCUCACCAGGAGGAGAGAUGUGAGGUACAGGAUGCGGCGCUGUGUUAUAGUACCAACAUCAUCACAUUCCACACUGCACUCCUCUCUUCGAAGCCCACUUGCGCUGCGCUAUACCUCAUCUCAAUCGAUAUACUUCUGUCACUUGCAAGAGUAGGAUUAGUCCCCAUGAGGGACUACUGAACCAACAGUCGAGCGGUGGGCAGUGGCAGUAAUCUCAAAGUCACGCGCCUAGCC